UGUGUGUAUGUGUGUGUGUAUCAGUAACCGUUGAAUCACAGCAUACUGUAAAAGUUAGCGCUGUCGUUGAACUCUUUACUGUAUCGCUCAGAAAGUUCAGCACAUUCAUGUCGGCGAGCCUUAACCGUCCGCUGGUGGAAAUGAUCGAGUGGAUUUAAGCAGUCUAUGUGCUUGGAUGUGAUGGCAGAGCUCCCGUCUGGACUGCUGGAGGCAUGUGUAGUGGUUGGGGCACCCGGUGAUAAGCUUCGAGACAUAUGCCAGCAGAGUACAUUAAACGAACAACACCCUGUGCUGGAAGCAGAGGUACUGCAGGUCCAUGCACCCCCCUUUGUUUCCAAGGAGACCAACUCCAGCCAAGCAAUUGGUCCAGCUUUCAGCCGUGUCCAGAGGAGGAGGAGCUUCAUCAAGAAGAAGAGGCGAGAUCAUGCUGCACAGCCAUUAUCUAAUGGAGACGCAGCCAGUCGUGUUGAAGUGUCGUCGGCGACAGAGGACAUCAGUGUUCCAAAGGAUCUGGACCUCAUUGCCUUGCCACAGCUUUGUUUCCCUGGUGGUCUUCAGUUAGCCACUGAGCAGAGGGAAGACAGUUAUCACUUCCUGGUCUUUACUGACUUGUUUGGAAACCGAACCCAUGGAGUUGUUGUGCAGUACUACAGAGCAGUACAGUACUGUCAGGAAGGUGUUAUCCAGAAUGGCCACAGGUGGAAUUCAUCAAAGACCCGUAUCUAUGCACCCUUUGCUGUGUGCAUCAUCUCCAAGUUCCCCUACUACAAUGCUCUGAGAGACUGCUUGUCAUGUCUCCUGGUCCAGUUGCGGCCUGCAAGACAAGCCGACUUAGAGGAGACAAUCAAGGAGUUUUCAGCCAAGCUGUCACUGGUCCCUUUACCACCUCCUGGACAGCUACAUGUGUCCUUCAGCCUUCGUCCUCUUCAGGUGGUUCUUCCAUCCAGGGAUGACCAGGACAGCCCAGUUAUCGACAUCGACCUGCAUCUACCUUUCCUCUGUUUCACGCACACAACUCUCCUCCAGGUGCUGUCCUGCCUUCUUCAAGAGCAGAGGCUGGUCUUCUUCUCAUCUGACUGGGCUAGACUCACUCUGGUUGCAGAGAGUCUGCUGUUGUACCUGCAGCCUCUGUCCUGGCAGCAGCCCUAUGUUCCUGUCUUGGCGAGAGGAAUGUUGGACUUCCUGAUGGCUCCGACUGCCUUCCUGAUGGGCUGUCACAUCAGUCACUUUGAGGAGGUUGCUGCUGAGACAGAAGACCUAAUCCUGGUGAAUAUUGAUGAUGGCUUCAUUCAGUCAUCAUGGUCUGAAACCGUUGACCUACCAGCUAUCCCUCUGGGUGCAGCUGAGACCUUUAUGUCGAGGGCAGAGUGUCUACAGCUUCACUAUGACUUGGAGCUGUGUCACCUCGGAGUGGGCACAGAUGCCAAUGCCCUGCGGUGGCAACGCAGAGGCUGGCAGAAACGACUGAACACACAGAUACAAAACAUCGCCUUGGAACUAGUGGUCAACAUUUUUAGAGGUGUCCAGGACUUUCUAAACCAUGAGCACAGAGUUUUCAACAGUGAGGAGUUUCUGAGAACCAGGGAGCCAGCAGACCAGUCCUUUUACAAGAAGGUGUUAGAAACUCAUAUCUUCCACUCAUUCCUGCGAGACAGGCUUAACAGGAAACGGGACACCUUCAGCCGCAUGGAACAGAACACACGUAACAAUGCACACAGGAACCGUACAAUGAUAGAGUCUCCUCGCCGUCCUCCCAUGUCUGAACUGUCCAGGACUGGCUACAGCAGCUACACCAGACUGAGCAAGAGGCUGGGUGCCAGCCUGCCUAAUCUGGAGCAACCUGCCAAUGACACAAUGACUGCCAUCAGCUGCAGCAGGCCGGCCUCCCUCAGAAAGAUGACUCCUGAUAUUGGGUUGAAGUCUCCUCAGAAAGCAAUGAAGGUUUUCCGUCUCCCAGAGUUCCCCCCUCCUUUGGCCUAUCAUUAUGUACAGAACUAUUAUUCUGACAUGGUGGUUUCACUGGGGAAGGCCAUUAACACCACACCACCUGAUGAGUCUGCUCUGCUGGCCAGGUACCACUACCUGCGUGGUUUGGUAAACACUGUGUCCAACAGGCGUCUGGAUGCAUUGGAGGACUUCCAGACACUCUAUAAGACAGACUCAGAUAUCUUCCCCUCUCAGAUGGUUAAGUCAUUGGUUGACUCACUGCCAGAAGGUGAACGUUUACAGGCUGACAGACGUCCAGAGCUCAAACGGCUCAUCUGUCGGGUUAAAAGGGACCAGGAGCGGGAACGUGCGAGCCACGGCAACGGGCACGAGGAAGGUGCAGUGAAGCGCUUCCAACUGCCGAAAAAAUACAUGCAGCUGGAGGAGUUUGUGAAAUGUGUUCAGGAGUCUGGGAUUGUAAAAGACCAAGGAACCAUACACAGACUCUUUGAUGCUCUAACUGUUGGUCAUCAGAAGCAGGUUGGUCCAGAGCUGUUCAGAGUGUUUUACACCAUCUGGAAGGAGACUGAGGCAGAGGCACAGGAGGUGUGCUUGCCUGCGUCUGUGUUGGAGCACAUUGAACCCAGCGAGUGCGUCUUUAAGCUGUCCUCCUCGGUGAAGACGAGCCGUGGCGUUGGGAAGAUCGCCAUGACUCAACGACGGCUCUUCCUGCUGACCGAUGGACGACCAGGAUACGUGGAGGUGGCGCAGUAUCGAGAUUUAGAGGAGGUGAAGGUGUCCUCGGCUCCCUUCUUGCUCCUGCGAAUCCCCAGCUUGAAGCUGCGCGUUCGGGGCAGGAAGGAGGCGUUUGAGGCCAAUCUGAAAACAGAGACUGAACUCUGGAACCUGAUGGUCAAAGAGAUGUGGGCCGGACGCAACCUGGCAGACCAACACAAGGACCCCCAGUACAUGCAGCAGGCUCUGACCAAUGCCUUGUUAAUGGAUGCAGUAGUGGGCAGCCUUCAAAGCAGCAAAGCCAUUUACGCUGCUUCUAAGCUGGCUCACUUUGACCGCAUCAAGAUGGAAGUCCCGAUGAUGGUUCCCAAGACAACUGCAGAGACGCUAAAGCACAAAAUUAACCCUUCGCUGGAGCUUGCUGCACCUCAGCCUGUGGAUGUACUUUUAUACACACCAGGUCAGUUGUGGGUGUCCGUAAGCGGAGGGAAGGUGAUGGUGUUUGAUGCAUCCAGCUGGUCCCUCACACACACCUGUCAUGUUGGGAAUGCAAGACUGAACUGUAUGCUGGGAGUUGACAAGGACCAGGUCUGGAUGGGCUCUGAGGACUCAGUUAUCUACAUCAUCAGCAUGGUGGCCAUGGUGUGUAACAGACAGCUGACUGAACACAGGGCGGAGGUCACCGGACUGGCGCUUGACACGGACAAAUACAGCCAGAGGGUGGCGUACUCUUGCAGCGCAGAGGGAAGCGUGAUGGUGUGGGACGUGUCAACACUACAGGUGAAGAGGCACUUUCGCCUCUCCUGUGAUCGUCUGCAGUCUGUCUACAGCUCGAACAGCAUGCUGUGGUGCUGCUCCAGGGACAGUAUAAUGGAGGUGUGGAGGAAUGGUUCAUUGAAACAGCGUCUGAACCUACCAGAGCAACAGAGAGCAUCCACAUCUACAUUCAGCUCUAUACUGCUGUUACCUGAGAGGGAGGAGCUGUGGAGUGUGUGUGUAGACUCAGGAGAGGUGUGUAUUUGGUAUAUUAAGGACCCUGCUGAACCGUUCCAACGCGUGGUGCUACCGGACUGCACCGGAUGUUACUGCAUGAUUAAAGUCAAAAAUCAGGUGUGGGUUGGCGGUGUGGGCCGUAGUUCUACCAAAGGGAAGAUUUACAUCCUGGACACAGAGCGCCACCAGGUCCUGAAGGAGCUUCAGGGCCACAACGACAAGGUGACGGCCCUCUGCUCUGCUGAGGAUCGAUAUGUCCUCAGCGGCGCUGGCAAACACGACGGAAAGAUCGCCAUUUGGAAGGUGGAGUAGAGGUGUUUACUGACUGGAAAUGGACAAAGUAACUCUGUUGAAACUAGUUCAGGAUGUCCUGUGACUUGUUAAAGGACCCCCGGAUUAAAAUCUCCAGGAAAAAGAGUGAAGAUCUGUGUUUGGAACGCAGAGUGAAGGGAGGGGAAUCAAAUUCACGACCUCAACCUGCUGCGGCGUCACAGAGAUAUGAAGGAAUCACAUGUCAGUCAUGUGAAGCAACACGUUUACAUAAAGUCUCACCAACUGAGCAGCGUCUCCCACUUGUGGUGAUUUGCAGUUCAAAAUAUUGACAGUACUCACACUUUAUUUUUUGGGAAUAUGAAGGACAAAGAGGAAGACUGAAAAAAAUAACCUGGGUGUAUGUCCUGCUGGAUAUUUUUUUAAAUUCCAAAGUGCUUCACUUUACUGAAGGGCUAUACAUUUUUAGUAUUUAUAGUAUAGUCAUACCAUGCUUUAUGUAAUGCUGUACCCUGUUUAUUUUAAGUUUAAUCGCACUAGUGUUAUGUGGGAACAUCAUGUGACUGAGCCUUGCCUCUGACUGUGCAUUUAAGGCAAAUCUCUACGGCUCAAACUACCCUGAAAACAAAACUCCUGUUACUGGAGAGUUCAGCAUCGCUGUGGGAAAGCCCUGCUGAAAGUUCAUACUGAUGGAAAGUUAAGCUUUGAUGUGCAGCGUACAGCAGAGACUGAUGGGACAUAUGGUGAAAGAGGAUACAAUUUUGGGAGCUGGACUCAAACUCGUGACAUACCACUGACAUGUGAUGUACAGUGAGGUGUGUUUCAGAGCGAGUCAACAGAGUCCUUCAACAACUGGAACUUUUCAGCUUUUAAAAACACAAAAUAAGGACUUACCCCACAGUGCUUAAAAGCCAGAUUCUUACCUCAUUGUUAGACCAAAUUUCUAUAUUCUUCUGUAUUUAUUUCCCUACAAGUGCAGUUUUAUCUGUGUUACCUACCAGCUGGUUUUAAUAAGGAGGGUUUUUGUUUUUUAACACAAACUGACAGAUGAUAUGAAGGUCCUAGUAAAGAAAAUCAGCCCACAAGCAAAUUCAUGUUCAUCGCUAUAAAAAGCCUUAUACAUAGUAAACAUUUAGUUAUUUAUAAUUUUGAGGCAAAACCCAGAGCCAUAAAAUGCCCCUCAUAUGUUAAAAGGCUAUUUAUUAACUUUAGGCAUUUGUGUUCUGUAAAUUUUAUAAGGCUACGUUUACAAUAGUGUUAUUUGGAUUAAUGAGGUGAAACAGGACAGACUGAUGUUAUUGUCUCGUCAACAUGGAGAACUUUAAAUUUCUUUAACCUUUAUUUUUCCAGUCUUUGACAACAUUUAGUCUCCAAAAAGCCAACUUUCUAUUUUUUUCCCAUUUUUAACAAAGUAUUAUCAGUGGAAUCUGAACAACAAAACUACAUUUAGGCCACAUUUAGGAGACAAUGUCACCUAAGGGUCAAUCAAAGGUUAAACACAUCUUUUAUCAAUGUAUUUAUACAGUGUAUAUAACUGGUGAACAUGACUAUGAUAUUUCUUUUGUAAACUAAACUGGUGUCAAUGCAACAGCUCAGCCAGUGUAUUUAUAUAACUUUUUUUCACUUUUUGUAAGAUUUCAAAUGAAACUGCAAAAUAUAUUAUCUCUUAGAUCGUUAACUACAUUUUUUUUAACCUACAGUGAACAAAUUCAAUACACUUUUUAAAGGAAGUCUUGAGUUUGUCUUUAUUUUCAACCAAGGCAAGUUUCAAGUUUACUUUUUAUGCUAGUGUUUUUUUUUUUUUUUUGGUUUUUUUUGCUGUGCCCAUUGUUCCAUUGUACUGCACUUCUUUGAGUUCACCAAAAGAGGGCACUGUUUGAUGUCAAGACAAGUUAAAGUGGGAGCAAGCUGGACACAAGAGCUGAUGAAGUUUCACUAAUCACAAUCCAUAAUAUCAAUACUGCAACUAAUGAUUAUUUUCAUUAUCAAAUAAUCUGCUAAUUAUAAUCUCAGAAAAUAGUCAAUCCCUGCUGGGGUGCUGCUCUGUGAAUGACCUCUGACCUCCCUGGGAAGCUAGUCAAGGUGCUUUUACACCAAACACAAAUUGUGCUUCAAAUAUUGUGUGUAUGGAUGUGAACUUGUGUGCAGUUUUAUUCGUUCAAACGUGUGAAUGGGUCUGUGUGCUGGACAUUGGUUGUUUUGUUUUUUUACAUAAAGCCAUAAGCAGCUGUUAAUCUCACACUGUGCAGGUCCGCUCCUGCCUUGGCUGCAGUGGAAGAUAAGUUGUUUUUUGUCUCCCCCACCGCUCUUAAUCAGUUUCCUCCUCCUCCAGUUUAAUCCACAAACUUUUACUUACAGGAAGCCAGUGCUAGAUUUAAGGGAAAAAACACAAUUGCUGUUUGUGCUGCAACUUAAACCCAGGCUUGGAAAAACACAGCAGUGUCAGCACAGUAGCUCUAGUUAAAGAAGGCACAUUACUCUGCAAUAAGGAAAACUCAUAGAGGUUCCUCUGAACUUAGCACUUUAGCAACUAGUGCAGGCUUUUAUGUUUUAGUUCUAUUUCUGACUCUUUGUGGUGGCUGAAAAAAGAAUAAAAGGCAAAAGAUGACUGUGUGACUUUUGGUUUUCAGAGGAGGGAGCAGCUUUCGACAUGACAUAAGUUACAUAUUGAUAGAUAACAUCUGUGUCAUUAAAGGAUAAGCCUGCCUUUUUUCCCCAUUUAUGUAACUGUCAACAAAUCCCAUGAAGCAAUCAACACCAACAAUUUGCUUCUUCUUGAUACUUUUUGACUUCCCUACCUGCCCUGUGACACCGUAAAGACAUAAAUCUUUGUAAACAGCUCACAAAUAUAUAGUUUAAAUUUUUUUUAAAAACACCUUGUGGAUUCAAAAAACAGCAGGGCACAGUACUCAGUUUGUAAACACAAACUGAGUAAAACACAUCAGUGAGUAUUUAUAGCAGUAGGAUGGUGUAUGCAGGAUUACGGUUGACCAAGAGCAUGAAUUACUGGUGGAUCACUGUGUAAUGUGAAUGCCGUAUUUCUGCUGUUUGCCUCUUGAUUGAUGCGACAAAACAUAAAAUAAUUGCCCCCUUGAUUAACAUUCCAGAUUUGUAAAAUCAUGUUUUGUAAUACUAUUAAAGGCUGUGCAGUGUUUGAGUGUCUAAAAACAACUGAAGAACAGACUCAGGAUCUCAGACUCAAACUAGACCACUGGGAAAAUGAAGAAUAUCACCAGACUUACCUUUUAAAUGCCAUUUCUUCAACAGGUUUGCAGCUUCAACAUGAACAUUCAGAAAAGGUUAAGUUCAGAAAAACAGCUGUGUCCAGGUUAUUGUGAGUGAUUCCACACCUUCCUAGAUGACUGCACUGCUCUGUCACCCCUGCUUUUUAAAGAUCUGCCUGUGGGCCCCCAGAAAUGUCACCAUCUUUCACCUAGCACCAUGGAACAAGCUGUGUUUGCAUUUGACUAACGUUGAACAUACAAAAGGAGUCAUUUUUAAUGGGUCAGGAAACACUCCUUUCUCUGUCACUCCUCACUUCACCUAUUUC